GCGCGCUGGCUCCACGCGGAGGCUCCGGACCGCCGUGACGGCUGCCACGGGACUCGGAAGGCUUGGAUGCACCGCGAGCCGUGCAAAAAAAAAAAAAAAAGGAGCCAAAAAAAAAAAAAAGACCCAACCCAACAAAAACUCUCUGUGUACCCGGUGGUCCCGUGUGUGUCUCCCCCCACCCCAGCUGCUGCCCGGGCUGCACACACGCGAGGUGGGUACGCAGCCUUCGGUGAACUCGCGCAGUCGGUCUUCCCCCGGGGCUGACCCUUCGCCGCUGUCACCCUGCCAUGGCUCCUGGGCCAGUCUGGACCAAUUUGGGGACCCAAUUGCCGCCGCCGCCGCCGCCGCUGCUGCUGCUGCUGCUCCUGCUGCUGCGGGGUGCAGGCUGCAAUCACCCCGGCCACUCCUGGACCGGACUGCCAGUGAUUGCGGACGGAGUGCAAAGGGACAAGGACCCCCAGCAUCCUCCCGGGGAUGCUGCCGCCGCCGCCGCCACCGCGCUGGGUCAGGGCCCCCAAGACAUGGUCACUGUCCACAUGCUCAGGCUCUAUGAGAAGUACAGUCGGAGGGGUGCCCGGCCAGGAGGAGGCAACACCGUCCGCAGCUUCCGUGCUCGGCUAGAAGUGGUGGACCAGAAGGCCGUGUACUUCUUCAACUUGACUUCCAUGCAAGACUCCGAAAUGAUCCUGACGGCCACCUUCCACUUCUACUCGGAGCCUCCGCGGUGGCCCCGGGCGCGCGAGAUGCCCUGCAAACCACGGGCCAAGAACGCCUCGUGCCGCCUGCUGCCCCCGGGGCCCCCCGCGCGUCUGCACCUGCUGUUCCGCAGCCUGUCCCAGAACGCGGCCACGCACGGUCUGCUCCGCGGGGCCAUGGCCUUGGCGCCCCCGCCCCGAGGCCUGUGGCAGGCCAAGGACAUCUCCUCCAUUGUCAAGGCGGCCCGCCGCGAUGGAGAGCUGCUCCUGUCUGCCCAAUUGGAUUCUGGGGAGAAGGACCUCCCCGGGGUAUCCAGGCCCAGCCCCCACGCGCCCUACAUCCUCGUCUACGCCAACGAUCUGGCCAUCUCAGAGCCCAACAGCGUGGCCGUGACGCUGCAGAGAUAUGACCCGUUCCCAGCUGGGGACCCCGAGCCUCGCGCUGCCCCCAACAGCUCGGCUGAUCCCCGAGUGCGCCGCGCCGCCGCCUCCUCCUCCUCCGCGCAGGCUUCCGGGCCUCUGCAGGACAACGAGCUGCCCGGGCUGGACGAGAUGCCGGCGCACGUCCACCACGCCCAGCACUACCACAAGCACGAGUUCUGGUCCAGCCCUUUCCGAGCGCUGAAGCCCAGGCCCGGACGCAAGGACCGCAGGAAGAAGGGACAGGAUGUGGUCACCACCUCCUCGCAGAUGUUGGACUUCGACGAGAAGACCAUGCAGAAAGCCCGGAGGAGGCAGUGGGACGAACCUCGCUUCUGCUCCCGGAGGUAUCUGAAGGUGGACUUCGCAGACAUCGGGUGGAAUGAAUGGAUCCUCUCGCCCAAAUCUUUCGACGCUUACUACUGCGCAGGGGCCUGUGAGUUCCCCAUGCCCAAGAUCGUCCGCCCAUCCAACCAUGCCACCAUCCAGAGCAUCGUCAGGGCCGUCGGCAUCGUCCCUGGCAUCCCAGAGCCCUGCUGUGUUCCAGACAAGAUGAACUCUCUUGGGGUCCUUUUCCUGGACGAGAAUCGGAAUGUAGUUCUGAAGGUGUACCCCAAUAUGUCUGUAGAGACUUGUGCCUGCCGGUAAGACAGCUCCAGGUUAGAGGACAGCUCCUGCCCCACCCCUCUUGCAGAACGGCAUCCUUGGACCCAGGACUUGGCUAAGGGCAGCAUCUGCAGGCAGGUACAGGACAUAUCAUACCGACAUCUCUGCUGGGACCUAUUAAAAAAAAAUAGAGAGCAUCAUUAUGAGGUCUUUCCUUGCUAGUGACAGCCCUAUAAACUGCCUCCUAAGUCUCUGGAAAGAAUCUGGAAUUAGGCCAAGCCUGAAGGUUGCCCACUGGCCCUACCCAACAUUCUCAAGGUCUGGGAACAGGACAUGUCCAUGAUAUUGACUCCACGUGUUCAUCUCAAAACCUGGGAAGACUAUGCGAACAUCGAGGUGCUCACUCCAUUCACACAGAAAGAAGCUGUUUAAAUCCUCAGUUUAAAACUCUCAGGCCACAUGCUGGAAACGGGGCCUACGCUGCAGCAUGCCUGAGUGGUUUCUUUCACAGUUCACUCUAAUCACUUUUCUACGCACAGUAUGCACGUAUAUCACAUUGGCUUCUUUCCUUUAAUAUAUAUUUUAUUUUAAAAUAAAAAGGAGGGAAUCGAUGCCAUUCCCCACAGAGAUAAUCAUGCUGAUUAGGCGUGGGUUGUUUAAACAUGCAUAUGAAAAUAACGUACGGUAAUAUGUUGGAAUACUAAAAAAUAACCAAGAUUUUUAUAUUUUUGUAAAUUAUACUUUGUAUACUGUAGGUUGUGUGUGUUCAGUGUUUCUACGGAAAGCUAAUAAAUUAAAGGUACAGCAGUAUCUCAAAACCUGAAUGUCA